CCGCAAAACUAAAGCACAAGAUAGAGAGUGGAGGAAAGCUGGCGGGCGAACAUCCGAUCCCUUUUUCUUCUUCCCCGCGCGCAACCGUACGUGCAGUGCGUGUUGAUCUCAUCAUCAAACACAACUAGAUCCAAGUCGACACGCACUCAACAGCUAGCUCCGACUCCGAUAUAUGUAUGAUGCAGCUCAGUUAUAUAUAGAUAGAUAGAUGGAGCCAUGGCCUCGCACUGCCUCUUCACCAUCAUCAGCUUCAAUUCAUUCUAGCUCCUUCCACACGCGUCGUAGAUGAACGCACGAUCGAGCUCACACCGAGAAGCAGCCACCGACCAAGACGAAGACGAAGCGGCGCUAGGGUGCAUGGGACUUUCCUUGUGUUCCCAGCAGAGAUCUCCGGCCAGGCCAGAAAUUGCGACCAGGGGUAUUCGUGAUCGCCUGCAACCCAGCGCUGCUGCUGCUAUUCAGAAGUGCCGUGGUGAGGGCGAUAAGAUCAAUAUGCCGCCGAUCCAAAGCAACGAAGAGUUGAAGAACGUCUUGAGGCAGGCCAAGGAGCCAAACUCCAACCUGGUGGUGCUGGAGUUCACGGCGCCGUGGUCGGAGCCGUGCAAGUUCAUGAGGCCGGCGCUGGAGAAGAUCGCCUCCGACUUCAAGGAUCACGCCCACUUCUACACGCUCGACGUCGAGCAGUUCAAGACAUUUGCUCGGAACACCCGGGUGGAGGCGCUGCCGACGUUCCUGCUGGUGAGGAAAACUAUCUUGGAGCGCGUCAUCGGCGUCAGCAAGGACGAGCUGCAGCGCAGCAUCCAAAAGCACAUAUCUGGCAUUGCCAUUGAUCAUUUCCAUCCAUAAAUUAAAUCCACGUCUUCAUCGGUUGGACUCACAUUCAUGACUCAUCAACACGUAUAUACAUGCUUGUUGCACAAUGUUUUAAUUUCCU